ACUAAACACACUCUAAAUAAAAAUUGUUCCAGUAUAUUUCUAUAUAAACAAACAUAGUUUCUAUUCUAUAUGUGUACUUCGCAACAAACAUAGUUUCUAUUCUAAUGCCGCGGACUGAAGAUCAGACGAAGAAAGAACUGUUCCAGUGUCAGGUGUUCGCCGUGUGACCGUGUCGGAUUACUUCAUUCAGGCUCAGUUAUCGGAAUUCCAAAGAGCAAACACAGUUACAGCUCGGCAACUGAUCGAGCUUUUUGCAGGAACUUCGCAGCUCGCAAGGCGCUCGUAGGAUCAAACACCGGCAUAGCACCACGCCCAAGAUUCCUCCAAAGUUCCCCUCCAAUGACACCAGCACAACAGCAAGGUGACACUGCCACCGCCUGGCUCCGAUCCCCACCCACUCCCACCGCCAGCCAGCUCGUCCGAGCUCCCACCGCCACCGCCACCUCCUCGCCGCGCCGCCGGCAAUGGCAGCGGCGUCGUCUUCCGCCGCCAGAAUUCUCUUCGCCGUCACCAUGGCCGCGGCGGUCUCGCUCGCCGCGCCGUCGGCUCCCGCGCCGGGGCCGGCGGCGACGGUGCGCGCCGGGUUCUACCUCGCCGCGGCCGCCCGCCUCCGCCCGCUUGCCGCGCUCGACGCCUCCCUCUACACGCACCUCUACUACUCGGCCCUCGCCGUGCACCCCACCACCCGCAAGCCCGCGCUCCCCGCCGACCCGGACCAGGCGGGCCUCCUCGCCGCCUUCUCCCCGGCGCUCAAGUCCAGGAACCGCGCGCUCAGGACCCUGCUCUCCGUCGGCGCCGGCCCCGGCGCGGGCGUCGCCGGCAUCGCGGGCGCGGGCUCCCAGACCGACCCGUCGUUCGCCGCCAUGGCCGCGGACCCGGCGUCCCGCGCGGCGUUCGCCGCCGCGGCCGUCGCGCUCGCCCGCGCCACCGGCUUCGACGGGCUCGACGUCGCGUGGCGGUUCCCGGCGUCCGCGGUCGAGAUGGCCGACUUCGGCUUCCUCGUCUCCGAGUGCCGCGCCGCCGCGCCGCCCGGGUUCCUGCUCACCGCCACCGUCUACUUCUCCAGCCACGUCUUCGACGCGCCGCUCCCCGGCGUGGACUACCCGUCCGAGGCCGCGGCGAGGUGCCUCGACUGGGUCAACGUCGCCGCAUUCGGGCUCCGCCCGCGGGGCGCCGGCGCCACGGCCUUCGACGCGCCGCUCUACGACCGGGCGUCCCACUUCUCGGCGAGCUACGGCGUCGUGUCGUGGGUCGACGCCGGCAUGCCGGCGGGCAAGGUGGUCAUGGGCCUCCCGCUCUACGGCCGCUCGUGGUUCCUGCGCAACAAGGCCAACCGCUGCGUCGGCGCGCCCGUCGUCGCCGCGGGGCCCAAGCAGCGCGGGAGCAACGCCACCGGCGUCAUGUCCUACGCCGAGGUCCAGGAGCUCGCCGCGGCCGGCGGCGGCGGCGAUCCUCGGCGCGCGGUCACCACGACGUACGACAACGCGUCCGUGGCGUCCUACCUGUCCGUCGGCGACGUCUGGGUCGCCUUCGACGGCGCGGCCGUCGUCGCCGAGAAGCUCGCCUUCGCCGCGCGGCGCGGCCUGCUCGGCUACUUCCUGUGGCCGGUGAACUACGACGACGCCAACCUCACUAUGUCCAGAACAGCAUCGGAGGCCUGGAUGCAGAACGAGAUCUCGUCGAGUUCCAGGAACGGCAACGGCGUCGGGCAGACGCAGGGGCCGGUGCGGUUGCCGCCGGCGCUCCGGUCGCCUGCCGGAACGCCAGGACCGGUGGCGGCGCUGACGUCUGCGUCGGCCUCAUGGCUGCCAUGGACGAAGCUUAACGCAUUCUUGAAUUUUGGGUUACUAAUUCUCGCGUGGUGUUUGUCGUAGAAGCUUGAUGUGUCCCUGCAUUUGGGAUGGCUAGUUCAAAGUUCUGACUGACACUGAAGAGAAUCAGCAUUGUUGAAAUUAUGCGUUGUAUACUUCUAAUUUCAUCUGAGUGUAUCAUAGCAGAAGUUGAUUCUUUUAUACUUUCCUUGGACGAAAUUGACGAGUGUACGCAUCACAGUGGUUUAAAUUGGUGCAACUUACUGAAUUA